GCGGCCCGAGGGCGAGCGGAGGCGGGAGUCGGGCCCAGGUGAGGGGCGCGCGUUGCCAUGGCGACGGGCUCAGGGCGGCCCGCGGCCUAGCCCCGGCCUGGCCGCCCUCUCCUUUCUCCCCGCAGCCGCGCCGAGCCGAGCCGCGCCGCCGCACGCACCGCGCCAUGGCCAGCUCCCCCGUGUCUCGCGUCGUUUACAACGGCAAACGGAGCGGCGGCCCGCGUUCCCCCGGCGCCGGCAGCGAGAUCUUCACGCCGGCCCACGAGGAGAACGUGCGCUUCAUCUACGAGGCCUGGCAGUGCGUGGAGCGAGACCUGCGCAGCCAGAUGGGCUCCGAGCGCGGCCUGGUCGAGGAGUACGUGGAGAAGAUGCCGAACCCCAGCCUGAAAGCGUUUAAACCCGUCGAUCUGAGCGACCUGAAGCGGAGGAACACACAAGAUGCAAAGAAGUCGUAAGGCCUGGCCAAGCCCUAAGGACAAGGAUCGCAAGGAGCAGAAGCCACCUCGAUUAUUGAUUUAUUCAUUUUCCAGAAGGGAUCUUGCCCUUGCACUUGCUCUGGGCUCUUAAUUUCACUGCAGGCAUGUACAGCCUGGCACCGUGUGCUGGUAGCACAAUGCCCUUGGGCUCUGGCAGCCCUCCUGCGAGCCAGCAUCCUGGGAGCUGUUGCUGGACCAAAGAUUGAAAUGUUCAGACUAUUAAUACACUCGUAUCCUUUUCCC